GGCCCAUCUGGCUGCUACGUUUUCUCUUCAAUCUUUUUCAACAACCUUCCCCUGCCACUUCCUAAGCUUCUCGAGACGCCAGACACGAAUAAAUAUCCCAAUACAUCUCUUAGACAUUCCAGACUUUUAUACUAAAUUCCUUCCACUUCUACAUCCACACUUCAAAUUCACACACGCGGAUCACAUUGCAAGAGUAAGGACAUACUAGACAUUGAAACCCGACACAAGCCCUUCUAACAGUAUUUCAGUGUUGGAAGCACGGCUAGAACAAGCAAGUCUUCUCAAGCGGGUCGUUGAUGCCAUCAAGGAUCUCGUCCAGGACUGCAACUUCGACUGCAAUGACACUGGCAUCGCUCUUCAGGCUAUGGACAAUUCCCACGUGGCCCUGGUCUCCAUGAUCCUCAAGGCCGAGGGCUUCUCUCCUUACCGCUGUGACCGCAACAUUGCUCUUGGUAUCAAUCUAGUCUCCUUGACCAAGGUGCUACGAGCUGCUCAGCCUGAAGAUAUCCUGACGCUCAGGGCGGAAGACUCUCCUGAUUCCGUCAACUUGAUGUUCGAGAGCAAGGAGACUGACCGUUUAAGCGAAUAUGACAUCAAACUUAUGGACAUCGACCAAGACCACUUGGCCAUCCCGGAGACAGAAUAUAGCGCAACUGUUGACAUGCCGUCGGCGGAAUUCCAGCGUAUUUGCAGAGAUCUCAAUGCACUUUCCGAGUCAGUCACUAUCGAGGCCACCAAGGAAGGAGUUAAAUUCUCAUGCCAAGGCGACAUCGGCUCUGGCUCAGUCACUGUUCGCCCAUACACCAACGUUGAGAAGCCCGAACGGAAUGUUUCCGUUUCUCUCUCUGAACCUGUCGCCCUCACUUUCUCCCUCAAGUAUCUCGUGAACUUCUGCAAGGCUACAAAUCUAUCUGACCAGGUGAAGAUCUGUCUGUCCCAAGAGGUGCCUCUGCUCGUCGAGUACGGCUUGGGAAGUGGCCAUUUGAGGUUCUAUCUUGCUCCAAAGAUCGGAGACGAGGAGUAAGCUUCGAAAGGAAUCAGACGAUAAAACGUACGAAACACCGACGAAAAUGGCAUCUAGGGGAAUAAAAAGGACAUUUACGAGGAAUCACAUGGGAUGUUUUCAGAAGCCUCAAAUUUCAUAUCUAUUAAUUAGGAGUUUCAAACUCUGAUCCAGUCAACUGCAUGGAAUAGCCUGUUAAGGGAGACCUAAGGGGUAGGAGGAGCUCUUGUGGAGUUGUUGAAGAAUUUUCGACCACAAUAGUGAAGUUUUAGAUAUACCUGCUAGCGUGUGUACUGCUUUAUUUUGUUUUUCUUUUCAAGGUCAGUCGAAUGCAAGUCAUCUAGACGAAAUUUCUAUGCAUGUGGAUGUCUACACUCCCAGCAGAUUCUGUUUGAAAAAGUU